CCUUAGAUCUGCUGGAAUAAAAAGGAUACCAAGCAUCAGUUCACUACCUGCCUGAUUUCUUUGGUGAAGAGGAAACACUUCUGAACCGUCAACUCUCGCACAAGGCUCCCAUCUGUAGUCUAGCCUCCAUCCACAGUCCAACAUUGCUGCCAUGCUCAGAUUACUCUCCCUGGCACUGAUGCUGCUGGCUGCCCGUCUGGCUUCCGGUCUCUUCCUGCCCGACUCGCCUGAACUGCGCAAGCUUCUUAGCCGUUAUCAGGAUGAGAUGAAGCCCAACAUCACGGCCUCAGUCGUACGUACUCGUCGGGACAUACAGUGGUCGGAUCGUGAGGAGAUCCUGGCUUUACACAACAAACUGAGAGGAGGUGUCUACCCGGCUGCCUCCAACAUGGAGUACAUGGUAUGGGAUGAUGAACUGGAACGUACAGCUACACAGUGGGCCGAGCAGUGCCAGUGGGACCACGGACCUCAGGACCUGCUGAAAUCUAUUGGUCAAAAUCUGGCUGUGCACUAUGGCAGGUACCGCUCCCCUGCCUACCAUGUGCAGGCCUGGUAUGAUGAGGUGAAGGACUACACCUAUCCUUACCCUCAUGAAUGCAACCCCUGGUGCCCUGAACGCUGCUCCGGACCCAUGUGUACCCACUACACUCAGAUCGUCUGGGCCACCACCAAUCGUGUGGGCUGUGCAGUCCAUGUGUGUCCACUCAUGAACGUGUGGGGGAAUACCUGGGAAAAUGCUGUCUACCUCGUGUGUAACUACUCACCAAAAGGAAACUGGAUCGGAGAAGCUCCCUACCAGCAUGGACGCCCAUGUUCCCAGUGUCCGCCCAGCUAUGGAGGAGGCUGCCGGGAAAACCUAUGCUACAAUGAAGACCAGCAUCACCGUGAGACACCAGAUAUGAAUGAAGUUGAGAAGCUCCAAGUAGGAGUGCAGCCUCAGACCACUUCAUCCAGGCCUGUUUCGAAACCUGAACCAAGACCUUCGUCACCCAGAAGGCCUACUUCAACAAACACCAAGCAGACCAACUUUCUGACCCAGAAAAUUAAGUGUGAGACCAAAAUGAGAGAUAAAUGCAAAGGCCCCACCUGCAACAGGUAUAACUGCCCUGCCAAUUGCCAAUACAGCAAGGCCAGAGUGUGGGGCACAUUGUUUUACGAUGUGCAAUCCAGUAUUUGCCGUGCCGCAAUCCACAGUGGGGUCAUUGACAAUAAUGGUGGCUUAGUGGAAAUCACAAGAAAAGACAAGGUCCCCUUUUUUGUUAGGUCAAUGAAGAAUGAUGUAGAAUCUUUAAGUAAAUACAAAGUUGCCAAUGCAUUUAUGGUGGCAGCAGUGGAAAAAAGAUCAGUGUACUGUUAUACCACAGCUGCUGAGAUUUGCACCCAGUCAUCCAACUGCCCAAGGGUUCUAUGUCCAGCCAACUGCAAGAACGAGCCAUCAUACUGGGCUCCAGUAAUUGGAACCAACAUUUAUGCUGAUAGCUCUAGUAUCUGCCGGGCUGCCCUUCAUGCUGGUGCCAUUAAAGUUUCUGGAGGCUAUUUGGACAUCUUGGCUAUGGAUAGGAGGAAGAGCUACUCUGGCAGUCUGAAGAAUGGUAUCCAGUCUCAAAGUAAAACCCAGACACAGGGAGGCUCGUUCCGUGUCUUCACUGUUCGAGAGUGAAGUGUCCACAAACAGGGCCCCUCGCCAACUACU